CAUGAGUCUCAUUGUACUUCAUUUCUUCAUGAAUCCAUCAAUUGUUUUAGUGCUAUUGACUGUUUGCAAUGUUUGCUAGUCUGAGCUUGCACAUUUUUUGUUAUCCUUUUUCGACUCAAUAUCAGGAUAAUAUCAGUUUCUGUUUAACCAGCGUUCAUUAAUCAGGGUUUGUUUGCACAUAUCAGUAAGACUAAUAAUAGCUCUUUUUUGCGGAAUAACUAUGAUUGACCUCGUGGAUCGCGUUCUCUAUUCGGUCAACAGGGAUUUGGAUUCUUGGGAUAUUGAGAACCUGAGGUACAUUCGGAAAAUCUCCAUCAGAGACUCCACCAGUGAAACGCUCUCCUACGUGAGCGACGAUGACCAUGUUCUCACCUCCCCCUCACCACCACCACCUCAGCCAAACUACGACCAUUACCACCCACGACCACACCCACCCCCGUCCACGGUUCGCAUUCUCGAGGAAGCCGAGCUGCCCUCAAGGAACGACAAUAAGAGCCGACCUCCAGAAUAUUCCUGCUACCUCAUGGAUGUCAUUCUCGUCGCGAAUGAGUCUGUCAUUUCCUCUCCUUCAGUCUCCUCCGCCGACUCGUUCUCAUCUGCUAUUCGAAAAGGUUUCUUUGACAUGGAUAAUAACGACGAUGAGGCUUCAAAACCCCCACCACAACGACCACACGAUAACGAGCUUCCGCAGGUAGGGAGACGCAAAGUGAAGAAAAGCGUGAGUUUCAUGGACGAAUCGAUCCCUCGGUAUGAAAUUGAAAUCAAUUCGAAGCAGACGAAAGAUAAAAGAAUCAGGACGACACGGAGCGUCAGUUUUACGGGGACGACUAAAUCUGCAAUUAUCGCUAACCAGGAUCUUCCAGCAUUACUUGAUUAUGAUCAUGGUAGAAGAGAAUUCUCAUCGAAAACGACCACUCGUGACCUCUUCGUUCCAGCCUGGAGUAGGACCCUGCAAUCAGGAUAUGCAAACAACUGGGCAAGUCUUGAGACUUAUGUGAGACGCCUUCAGCACCGCUCGAAUUCUCUGUAAUUAAUUAACUGUGGCUGGGAAUAAUGGGGAUAAAUACAUCAUCUUAUCAAUUUCAUUAAUGUUAAAGUUCAUUUGAUUUCUAGUCAACAAGGAAAAUAAAAAUAAUUCAACAUAUUUA